AUGCUAUAUCACCUUGAUUACUGGUUGCUACACCUGCGAGUGGCAGGUCAAGCAGGAGAAAAAGUCUUUACCUGGACCCUGCUGCUGCUCUUGGGUAUAGAGACAUGGGAAGGAGUUGUACCAUACUUUCUCAGAUGUGGGGAACGUGGGCUGGUCCCUGCCCAUGAGAGCUCAUUAGAGUCUCCAGGACUGGGCAUGAGAGAGAAGUUAUUUUACCCAUUUCUGAUUACUUCAUUUUUGCUGUCUUUGAUUUUGCUGUUUGUGUGGAUAGAAACCUCAAAUGAGUACUUUGGCUUUGACUGGGUCAUUUUUCUAGGUACAGGAUACUGGUUCUUUUGGUCCAUUGUUUUGCUGAGUUUAUUUGGGAUCCUGGCUGCCUACUGUACAUUGCUGGUGGUACUUGCAUUUUUGUUGGUUUGGGAAGGGUAUGAACCAAACCUGCACUGGUCUCAUAAGGUCCUGGUUCUGCUAGUGAUUGUGACAAUCUCAUUUUUUUUGUGGAUUUUAUUCACAUACUGGAGGGACAGGUGGCUGACUACUGGGCUGUCACUGCAGAUCUUUGCUCCCUAUGUGCACCUGAGUGGCAUAACUAUGAUGGUUAUCCUUUCCUGGCCUGUGGGCUUCUACUUAAUCCAUUUGGAAGAAGAAGCUAGAAUCAGAAGAUACAAGAUGGCAAAUUAUGACAGAGAAAAAACCAAGAGAUGUAAUACACUCACAAAGUUGAGAGCUCUACAGGUGGCUAUUGGAUUGCCUUUUUUCCUUAUCCUUUUAUGUCUCUAUGUUAUUCCAUUGGGGAUUCAUUCUCCCUGCAUUCAGGAGGAGGGUAAAUUGGGACCCAAGCCAGACUUCUUUGGACAUAGAGGUGCACCCAUGUUGGGGCCUGAGAAUACCAUGAUGUCCUUUGAGAAAGCUGUUGAACAAGGGGCCUGGGGGCUGGAGAGUGAUGUACAAUUAAGUUUAGAUCAUGUACCUUUUCUUAUGCAUGACUAUGACCUGAGAAGAACAACCAAUAUUAAGGAGGUCAUGCCAAAUGCCUCCUUAACACAUCCUAGCCUCUUCCAUUGGCGUUUCCUGUCGACUCUGAAUGCAGGCAAAUGGUUUGUACAGUCACCGUUGAAACCAUUUUACAGAAUGAAAGCCCUAUCAAAGGCUGAUCGUGAAAGAGCAGAAAAUCAGACGAUUCCAAAACUAAUCGAUUUAUUGGAACUUGCACAGAAGGAAAAAAAAUUUGUGAUGUUUGAUCUUAAUGCCCCUCCACGAAAACAUCCUGUCAGAGGCACAUAUAUUCGCCGUGUAGUACGCUUGAUCCUUGACUCUAAAAUUGAGCAACAUCUGAUUUUUUGGUUGCCAGCUUUCGACAGGGAAUAUGUCAAACAAGCAGCUCCUGGUUUUCAGCAAGUGGGCAGGUUAUAUUCCAUUGAACGUCUUACAAAAGAAAAUAUCAGUAGAAUAAACGUUGACUACAAGAGGUUGUUCUACAAUGGGUUGAGAGAUUAUAAAGCAGCUAACAUCAAAAUCAACUUGUACCUUGUCAAUGAACCUUGGCUCUACUCACUGGCCUGGUGCUCCAAGAUUCACUCAGUGACCACAGACAACAUUCACAUCCUGAGUCAGCUAGAUCAGCCUUACUUCCUCAUGACACCAGGUUACUAUAUGUUUAUGUGGCUUCUCAUGGAUAGUGUUUCUGCGGUUCUCAUUGUUACCGUAUUUUAUUUUCAUUGGAGGAGGAAUGCCCAACAGAAGAAAAAUACAGAGGAUGGACCUUCUGCAACAGAUCAAGAAUCUUCGAAUUUAUCCAUAAAUUCUCCUUUCCGAGUUAUGGAAAGUCCUUGGACUCUAGCAUCCCUCUACCCAGCUUUAACCAAGAGCAGAAGGAAACAUCCAGGCUCUCACCAUCUGUUGGUAGUCCCCAAGAAAAAAGCCAAUGAACCAGAACAAGUAAGGGAAGUCAUUAAAUCACUGAUGCCUCAUGAGGAUGCUGUUAGACAGCUGGCAUCCCCCAAGAAGUCAUUUGAACCCACGUGGGAUGAUGCCAGAAAGUAUACUCUCCAAACUGCAUUGCCUCCCCUGAAGAUGAAUAAACCAGCAGUUUCUUCCAUAGAGACCUUUCAAUCUGAAAUAGAACCUGAAAAUAUCCCCAAAAGUAAACCCUCCCAAGAAUCUUCUCUUACCGUGUUUUCUCCCACAACAAGCAUGUUCUCCACUGGGCUGGUUUCAAAGAAUUAG